CCUACGUAAUUUACCUAAAUAGAAAAAGUCUGGGGGCCAAUUUCAAAAUCACAAUAGUUGAGAGGUUUCCAAACAUUUUGCCUUACUCUAUUUAGAAGAGACACUGCCAAUGGAAAUAUGCACACAGAGUCUCUCCCUCUCUCUCUUGUGACCUCCAAGGAUACUUUGGCUCAGAAUCAGUUAACCCCUGAGUUGAGACCUUUAUUGACUGCAAUUCUGGCGAAGAAGGUAAUCCUCAAUUUUUGCGGCAUCAAAUUCAAGCGCCGAUCUGAUAAUCUGCUUGUCUGAAAGGAUCAUAGAAUUGCCAUCAAUGGAUUUGGAAACUGAGGUUUCUAGUAUCAGCUCUCUAGUUCAUAAGUUGGUUGAGGAUUUGAAAUGUGAUUCGGUAGAUGUGCAGAGAGCAGCAGCAGCGGAGCUGCGGGUUCUCGCGAAAAACACGGAAAAUGUGGAUGCCAUUGCAAAAUCCGGCGCUAUAAGCUUGUUAAUAGGCCUUCUUUAUUCAUCAGACUUGAAGACUCAAGAGAACGCUGUAACGGCCCUCUUAAACUUAUCGAUUGCUGGUAGUAACAAGAUUGCUAUUGCAAAUUCCAACGCCAUCGAUCCUCUAAUUUAUGUUCUUCAAACUGGAAAUUCUGAAGCAAAGCGAAACUCAGCUGCAACUCUAUACAGCCUUUCGGUGGACAAAGAGAAUAUGAUAAAGAUUGGCCGUUCUGGUGUUUAUGGGCCUUUAGUAGAAUUGUUAAUGAACGGGACUCCUCAAGGAAAAAACGAUGCGGCUACUGCACUGUUCAAUCUGUCGAUAAUUCACGAGAACAAGGCCCGUAUAGUGCAGGCCGGGGCUGUGAGGCACCUUGUAAAGCUUAUUGAUCCAGCUUUUGGGAUGGUUGAUAAGGCUGUAACUGUUCUGGCGAAUCUUGCAACUAUUCCCAAAGGGAGGGAUGCAAUUGUUCGUGAGCGUGGGGUCCCAUUAUUUGUGGAGGUUGUUGAGUUGGGAUCUGCGAGAGCGAAAGAGAAUGCUGCUGCGGCUUUGCUUCUGCUCUGUACAAAUAGUAAUAGAUUUUGUCAGCUUGCUCUUCGAGAAGAUGUCGUACCACUGUUAGUAGCAUUGUUACAAUCUGGCACUCCGCGCGCAAGAGAAAAGGCUGGAGCUCUUCUAAGCUAUAUCCGGAACCAAAUACAUGGAAAUGCAAGGAGGGUAUGAAUGCAUUGUACUGAAUUCGUUGAGGGUCUUUUUUUUGGUCCUCCUUUUUCAUACAACAACAAAUGGUGCUAGGGUUUUUAACUAAGGACUUUUCACAAGAGAGCAUGUGGUACCAACAGCUAGGUUCAGCCCUGAUUGGUUGAAUUUUUGUGAAUUUGAUGCUGUAGAUUUUAUGCUUGAUUGUCAUUUUUUCUGUAUUACUUGUAUGGUCAUUCUUUUCUUCUUCUCUAGAAAUUGGUUAAAAAUGGAAGUUUGAUCU